AUGGCAUCAAAAACAAUCAUCCUCGUCACUGGUGGGAACAGCGGUAUUGGCUAUGAGACUGUAGCCCUACUGUCCAAAGAGUCAGCCGACUACCACGUCCUGAUGGGCAGCCGCAGCGUGGAGAAAGGACAGAAAGCCCUUGAGGAUAUGAAGUCUGCGCAUGGCGACUCUCUGAAGGGCACCAUCUCUGUGGUCCAGAUCGAUGUCAGCGAUGAGAAGUCUAUCCUUGCUCUCAAGGAUCACAUCGAGACACAGUUCGGAAAGCUGGAUGUUCUGAUCAACAAUGCGGGCAUCAUCGUGUACCAGCAGAUGAGCCUCCUCGAACAGCUCCGCAAGACCUUCGAGACCAACGUCUUUGGAACAAUGCUCCUCUCCGAGACUCUAGAGCCCCUCCUCCAAAAAUCCUCCAAACCCUACCUCAUCUACGUCUCCAGCGGCCAGGGCUCCAUCACCCAGAAGCUCCUCCCCGAUUAUGAGGCCGCCAAGCUCCGCGCCGACCCUUAUCGCAUGAGCAAGGCCGCCCUCAACAUGCUGAGCGCCACCCACCGCAGGCACUGGUCCGAGUGGGGGUGCAGAGUACUCGCCUUCGACCCGGGCUUCUGCGUGUCGAACCUUACGGGCGCCAAGGGGCGCGAGAUGCGGAAGAGUCUGGGAGCGCGUGACCCUUCUCAGCCGGCUGCUACCCUUGUGGAUGUCGUGGGUGGGGGUAAGGAUGCGUUUUUUGAGAAGAGUGGCAUGUUGGAUGUUGAUGGGGCUCUGGUGCCUUGGUGA